UGUAAUAAGUGGCAUGUGAAAAAUAUUGAAGAAAAUUCUACAUAAAGAUCAAAGUAGGGUCGACCGUCGAGUUAUUAUUAGUAGAGCACGGAUAAGAGCAGGAAUAACUUGCUAGAGCAGACGAUAAAAGAACAAUGUCGUGCGACGCGUGUAUAUUAAAUUGUAAAGUAAUAACAUACAUCACUGACACAUAACCUCAUUUUAGAAGAAUAAAUCGCGGUAGAAUCCGAACAAGAAUAUUUCGAAUCUUCAAAUAAUCGCAGUGCACGACAAUCAGACGUUGCGCAGACCAAGGGUAGUGAACGAAGCGUAAUAUUUCCUUGUAGAUAAUCCCGUCAUUCCGUUUCAAACCUAGCACAGGUAGCAGAACGAUAGAUCUGUUAGAUAUAUGUGCACACAAGUAUCCAUACAUAUAGUUUAUAAUUAUAUACGGAUAAUUGCUUAUGUAGUGAACACGCCCCUUAGGUUCCCACAAUAAAUAGACUUUUUCAUUCGUUCGUAAUACAGCCCGUUACUUAUAACUGACUCAAAACCUGAAAGUACACGAAAAUAUAAUGAAAUGUCGAAUCUUACGAGUGUGUCAACCCCCUUGAUGGUUAAUACUCCGAACAAAAAUUAUUUCCGUAUUGAAACUGUCGACAAAUGUCCGUUUAAAUCUUCCGCAACUACUGUUUCAAGAAACCCUCUGGAAAAGAUAAUUGCAUUGAGUAUUAAUCGUCGAUCACGUGCAGGGAGGAUUGAUGCAAGGAAUAAGAAGAACGAAAAUUACGAAACAAAGUGUUUAAAUGUGUCAAAAGUGGCUCGUGUCAUUAAUUUCUUCUUUGUGGAUUUCACAUUGUUUGACCACAAGAUAGAAAUGAUGAAGAAAAAUUUAAGGAACAUUGUAUCCUUGGCUAGACUAUCUUUAGUCUUAGCCACGCUCUCUAUUGUUAUCCAAUUGCUACCUUUGACUGAGGCCGCUGAACCCCUGGGUAAUCCGUAUGAAAUUUUGGGAGUAUCUCGACACGCUACCAUACAGGACAUACGGAAAGCCUACAAGCACCUCGUCAAGGAAUGGCAUCCCGACAAAACAGAUCAUCCAGCUGCGGAAAAUAAAUUUGUUGAAAUUAUCAAGGCUUAUGAGCUAUUAACUGAUCCAGAGAGGAGAAAAAAGUAUGACAAUCAUGGUAUCACUGAGGAAGGUAUGCCGCGGCAAAGACGUGACACCAGCCACUUCAACAUGCCUGAUCCACUGGAAGAUUUAUUUGGAGGAAAUUUUAAAUUCCAUUACCAGAGUCGAGAUAUCACACUCUUCCAUAAAAUGAGCAUCACUUAUCGGGCAUUUGAAAAUAUGAUAGUUCCAAAGAGUUAUCGAAACCCACAGUUCAUUCUAUUUUACUCCGAUUGGUGUUUUGCCUGUCUUCAAGUGGAGCCUACGUGGCGUCGAUUAAUGGAUGAACUAGAGCCAUUGGGUGUUGGAUUAUCGACAGCUCAUGCAGAGAGAGAACCUGCAUUAGCUCGAAAACUUGGCAUUCAUUCAUUGCCAUGUUUAGUUGUCACCUUUGAUGGACGUGCAAGUGUUUACAAAGAGUCAUUGUUCAGUGUUCAAAAAGUUGUUGAAUUCCUGAGGAGCAAAUUUCCAUACAAGUUGGUGCAGAAUAUAAAUGAGAAUAACGUAGACACUUUUCUAUCUGGGUGGUUGGAUAAUAGGAUUCGAGCACUGGUAUUUGAGAGGCGAGAGUCUGUCAGACUGCGAUAUCUUCUCAUGGCCUUUCAUCACAGAGAUAGAGUUGCUUUUGGAUUUGUUCAGGUGGGGAAAUCUGAGACUACCUCGAUCACAUUAAAAUAUAAAGUCUCAGGAGACCUUGACACACUGUUGCUGUUCAAUGAAAAUUCGGAGAAGCCAGUCGCUUGUGUUAGCAUGAAAGACAUACCAAGUGAAACGAUGCACAAUGUCAUUGCAAAUAAUAAGUUUCUAACACUGCCCAGGCUCUCUAAUCAGGCUAUGCUAGACUCAGUUUGUCCUCCAGAAUGGCAAAAACCUCGCAAGCGUUUGUGUGCCAUUUUAAUCUCCCAAAACAGUCCUAUGCAUGAUGCAGCCAGGCAUAAAUUUAGACAGGCAGCAUUAGAAUCGCCCUACAGCAUAGAACGAGUAAGAUAUACAUACGUUUACAAGGAGACACAGCCAGAAUUUGUCUCGGCAUUGUCUAGUGGGGAAGGCAGUCCGCUGGAGCCGCUCUUGCAUAUCGUUAUAAUUUGGAGACGCGACGCUAACCAUUUGAAAUAUGAAUGGUUACCAAAUGGAUGGUUCGUAACAACCCAAGGUGACGCACAGUGGAAUGAAACCCGACAGGGCUUGGAACAGACCAUACAAAGAUUACUACGUAACUCUGAAGCAUUGCCGUAUGCUGCGGAAGUAGGAGAAUUGACUGAUGAACACGCACAGGGUACUGUUGGUAGACUGAUUGGUAGAGCAUUAUUGGCAGUGGAUUAUCUUUCAGACAAUUUGAGCAAGGAGCAAUUGUUACCUUUACUAUCAGUGGUGGCUACGUUGUUGCUGAUUGGAGCUGCUGGUUAUGGAAUGUCUUAUUUAUUGACAUUGGAAGAGGCUAGUGUUCAAGCAAAACGUGCUGAGUGCAAGCAAAACACAAAACCACUUUCAUCACAGCCACAGCUGAGAUUGCACGAAGUAAGAGCUGAAAAGUACAAUGGUCUUGUUCGCCUCUUAAAACCAGGUUGUCGAACUAUCAUACUACUAGUUGAUGCUCAGAGUAGACUGAAACUCUUACCAAUUUUUCACAAAGCUGUUUGGCCUUAUAGAAAAAAUAAGACCUUAAUGUUUGGACACUUGUCAUUGGAACGUGGACUAGAGUGGUACAAAAAAAUUUUGUCCCUAAGUUUACCUGAACAAAGAGAGCUCAACAUAAAUCCUAAGAAUUGUGUCGGAACUGUGUUAUCCUUAAAUGGCCAUCGAAAAUAUUUUUGUAUGUACCAUGCAAAGCAUCCGGAAUGCAGUAAAGGCAAAGGCUUUAAGCGCAUGGAACGAAUGACCAAGCAGUUGAGUCUGAGAUCAGAUGAUGCAGAAGCUGGUGCUUUUAUCGGAUUUGACAGUUCCAGUGACUCUGAGGGAUCCUAUGAGGAGGUAAAGAAUGAUGUUUUAUAUCAAGAUAAACUACUUGACGGGUUACCAAUGUGGCUUGAUCGGUUGUUCGAAGGGUCAACGCAUCAUUACUAUUUAAAUUACUGGCCAGAUUUCACUGCCAAGUAAAUGAACAGUUACUACCCAACACCGAAAAAAUGUAUGCCUUUAUAACGAUAUACCUUUUUGAUUCUAGUCAACUAUAGUCUCACUAUAGUAAAAACACUAUAAUAUCUCUUAUUUCAAGAAUGUAUGGAUUGUGCUGUGCAAAAGACAAAUUAUUUAUAUUUAGUUAAUGUUCUUAUACCUAUAUUGGAAUGAUAUCCCAUUUUCUCAAGCAUAGCUGCAUGACUCUAUGCGGAAUUAUAAAGAUAGGAAAUAACACAGGGAGUAUUCUUUGGCGUAAUAUGUGGCACAUUUUCAAGACUAGACAGGAAUUCAAAUAUGUAAAAAAAAUUUCAACCAAAUACCACUGUUUUCACUAUUAUAGAAGAAAGAUGGAAUUACUGUUUUCGAGUUCAGAUUUUGUUUUUACCGCAUUGACCAAAGUACCAAAGACUGAAAAAAU